GCGACUAGCAUAGGAGCUGUUGACGCGCAUGAGUUAGUAUUAGUCAACAGUGCCUGUUCCCCUGGACAAUUCUCUGAGUUAAUCAUUAAAGCAGAGUUUUGAAUGGUGCGUAUCUGACAUCAUUUGUAAAUCCAACAGCGUGUGUGAUAGCCUAACAAAUUUAUGAGUUGACUGAAACGUGCAAUUUCGAAAUGGAUACAAAUAAAGAAAAUACCAAAAUGUGGAUGGAAUUAUCAGAUGGCAAGGAAAGUGAUUGGAGAGAUUGUUUUAAAAUAUGUCAGCGAGCAUUUCAAAAUGAUCCUUUCUACACUUACACACACCCGGAUCCAGCAAUUCGGCGAGAAUUUUUGAAAGUCUAUUUUGACUAUUUAUACCCAGCUAUUUUACAAGAUGGCAAAGGUAUAUUAGUUGUAAUAAAAGCUGAAGACGAGGAAGGAAUCAAAAUAAUUGGUGGGAUGUCAGUUACAAUGUAUCAGGAUGAGGAAUUAGAAAAUGAUCACACAGCUUUACUAGCAGUUGAUAGAAACGGUUGGAUGAAACAUUUGAGACGUGAUGACUGGGAAUGUGAAACCUAUUACGAAAAAUUACAAGAAUUGGCAGACAAAUUAGGUACAAACCUUAUGCCUGGCGUGUUUCAAAUAGUGGAUGAUGGCUACAGAGGAAAAGGAAUUGGAUCAAAAUUCGUCAUGCAAGCGGUGCAGAUGAUGAGUGACGAAGUCGUAAAAAGAAAGCGUCUCGCUGGAAUAGCAAAACCUAAACCUCCCCUGGCUUAUUGCAUCUGUGAUCAUGAAAGGUCUAGGAAUUUUACGAAGAAAAGUGGGUUCAUAGAAGUGGCUCAAUUACGUACAAACAACGUUGGAGUUCUAGGCAAAGAUACAUCCCAUAUAUGGAUAUUUUUACUUCCACCUGAGGAUCCGAGUUGGAUUUAUGAAGCCAGAAAAAUGUUUGUUUAUCCAUCUAAUCUGUAAACAUUUCUUUUUGUGCUCCAUACUUAUCAGGCACAUAUAACAUUGCGGAACUUAUAUGAACUACCUCGAAUCAAAUAGUUUCUCAGCUGCCAAAGUUUGAUGGAAUAAUAGUCUAGAGGAAAUUACUAACAGUCAUGAGUUAUACCCUUUACCCGUGAUUUUUUUGCAGAAUAGAUUACUGCCUUUUAUCAAAUCCUUGUGCUUAUACUAAAAUACAUUAUCAGAUUAUUUUGUAUGUCUUAUGUCAGAUUGUCUUUGCAAUAUAUAUGAUUUUGUGCAAUAUAAUAUUAUAUUCCAUUUUCUUCGGAUUUUUUUGUAUAUACUGUAAAUGAAAAGACAUACAUUAUAUAAAUAUAUAUAACUAUUUCUCGAAAUAAUGAUUUUCUUUUAUAGAUACCAGUUACAUUCCACCAAAAAUAUUAUGUUAAAAGUAUUUUGGAAUACUACUUCUCUUUAUGAUAUUAGUCCUGUAACUGAUUGCGUUGAGCAAACCGCAUUAGUAAAGUAUCGCGUUAAUCGGUAGUUUCAACGAACCGCUUUUCAAGUAGAAAGUUAUCUAUAAAUCAUGAUGUUUUAGUGUUUUCAUGUCG